CGCUACAAGUCAAAACAACAAUGGCGGGGAUUGUAGGAUGAUUUUUGUUGCCACAGAUUAAAAUAUUCACAUAUUUCUAAUAUUGGAACUCUAAAAUACAGGUUCACUACUGUUAACUUGUAGCGACUUGUAGGCACUAGACAACAACAGCGCUGAACAAUAGAGUUUCUGUACUUUAACUUAUAGCAACUCUAGACCACAGGAUACGCUAGUGUAAACCUUACAAUCCCCUCAAUCCAUAAGAUUUAAAAUGUCAACAUAAAGAACUAUCGAACAAACAAUCAUAUCGUGAUAUCUCCCUCCUCCUACUUCCUUCAUUUCAUGCAAAAUCCAGUUUUUAGAUAGUGAAAAAAUGGGGCGAAAAGUGACUGUAGCGUGUGCCACUCUUAACCAAUGGGCCUUAGAUUUCGACGGAAAUCGCGAACGAAUCCUCGAAUCCAUCCUCGAGGCAAAAGACUUGGGAGCCACGUUCCGGACUGGUCCCGAAUUGGAAAUUUGUGGAUACAGUUGUGAGGACCAUUUCUACGAAAGCGACACAUUUUUGCAUUGUUGGGAAGUCCUCCUUGAGUUGCUGACAGCCCCCUUGUGCAAAGACAUGAUAAUUGAUGUCGGUAUGCCCGUUAUGCACAAAAACGUGGCCUAUAACUGUCGCGUCAUUUUCCUCAACCAAAAAAUACUCUUAAUUCGUCCGAAAUUAAAAAUGUGUAAUGACGGGAAUUACAGGGAGUCGCGGUGGUUUGCACCGUGGAAAAAAGAUCGACAAACAGAGGAUUAUUUUCUCCCUAGGAUGAUCUCAAAGGUUACGGGGCAGAGUACUGUACCGUUCGGCGAUGCGGUGAUUUCGACACGUGACACUUGUCUCGGGUUUGAAAUCUGCGAAGAAUUAUGGAAUCCGGCGAGUAGUCACAUUAAUAUGGCUUUAGACGGUGUUGAAAUUAUUUCAAAUGGUUCAGGGAGUUAUACUGAGCUGCGUAAAGCUUUUGUUUCUGUCGAUUUGGUCAAAAGUGCCACUUUUAAAGCCGGUGGUUGUUACAUUUUUAGUAAUCUACGGGGGUGUGAUGGCCAACGAGUCUACUUCGGGGGCUGUUCUUGCAUAGCUCUCAACGGAAAUAUCAUAAGUCGGGCUAAACAAUUUGCAUUGCAAGAUGUUGAAGUCACUGUUGCGACUCUGGAUUUGGAAGAUAUAAGAUCAUACCGGAAUCAGAUCCGGUCUUUGGCCCAUUUGGCGGCCGAGAGUCCCUCUUACCCUCGAGUCGUAGUCGAUUUUUCUUUGUCACAAGAACAUGACGCAACUCUUCCGAUUGCUAGCCCCAUUGAAUGGGUCUAUUUGCGGCCUGAAGAGGAGAUAGCGCAAGGGCCGGCUUGCUGGUUGUGGGAUUACUUGCGAAGAUCGGGUCAAGGGGGCUUUUUCUUGCCUUUAAGCGGAGGUGUAGACUCUUCAAGUGUGGCUAUCAUUGUUUUCUCAAUGUGCAAAAUGCUAGUAGAGGCAGUACAGAGAGGAGAUAAUCGCGUUUUAUCCGACUUGCGUCGUGUCUUGGGGGACCCAGAGUACACGCCUCGCACCCCCUCCGAACUAUGCAACCGCAUCCUUGUGACCUGUUACAUGGGCACUGAGAACUCCUCUAAGGAAACGAAACAACGAGCAGCCACCUUAGCUGCUUCAGUCGGCAGUUAUCACAUGCACAUAGCCAUAGAUAAGGCCAUAACAGCCAUUAUUGAAAUUUUCAGUGGGGUUACAGGCCUAUUUCCUAAAUUUGCCUCUCGAGGGGGCUGUCCUCGCCAAAACCUUGCCCUCCAAAACAUCCAAGCGAGGCUUCGCAUGGUUUUGUCUUAUCUAUUCGCACAAUUAAUGUUGUGGGCCCGCAAUCGGCCUGGGGGGCUUCUGGUGUUAGGCUCUGCGAACGUGGAUGAGGCUUUGAGGGGCUACAUGACGAAAUAUGACUGUUCGAGUGCCGAUAUUAACCCGAUUGGUGGCAUUUCUAAGACUGAUUUGAGGAGGUUUUUGAGUUACGCUAAAGAAAAAUUUGAGAUUCCGAUCAUUGGGGAGAUUGUCGAUGCGCCCCCCACGGCCGAAUUAGAGCCCCUGCAAGACGGGAAGUUGGCUCAAACCGACGAGGAAGACAUGGGGAUGACUUAUGCCGAGUUGAGUCAAUUCGGCCGAUUGCGCAAAAUUGAGAAAUGUGGCCCCUUUUCCAUGUAUUGCAAAUUAGUAAACACGUGGAGUGGGAAUUGUACCCCACGUGAAGUGGCCGAAAAAGUCAAGCAUUUUUUCAGGUGUUAUGCUAUUAACAGGCACAAAAUGACUGUUUUAACACCGGCUUAUCAUGCCGAGCAGUACAGUCCAGAUGAUAAUAGAUUUGAUCAUAGACCGUUUUUGUAUAGGGCGAAUUGGUCGUGGCAAUUUCGAGCUAUUGAUAAACAGUUGGAAUACCAAGCAACGUCAAAACGAUCAAUAACGAAUGUGGGACAGCAGGCGAAUAAAAAGGUGGACAAUACGGCAAGGAUUCGGACAGGGAUUCAUGUUUAAAGAAUUGCUAUAGGAAACAAAAAUUUUAUUUUAUCGUGAAAUUACAAUAUAGAUUAGAAUGAAUUCCACUUGUUCCCUAAUUGUGAUUUUUAUAAUUUUUAAUUAAAAGCAAGUUUUUAAUCUA